AUGGACGCCGAAAUUGCAAGAUUAAACAAAUUAGCUGAAGAAAGAGUACGUACUGGUGGUAAAGGUUCCAUGCGUAGAAAGCAACAAGUCACCCACAAGAGCACCACCUCUGUUGAUGACAAAAAACUCCACGUUAAAUUAGCUAACCUCGGUGUCAAACCAAUUGGUGCAGUCGAAGAAGCCAAUUUCUUCAAAGCUGACGGUAACAUCAUCCACUUCAAAAACCCAUCAGUCCAAACUGCCAGCAAAACUUUUGUCAUCUCUGGUAAAAACGAAACCAAACCAAUGGCUUCAAUCCCACACGUUAUUGCUCAACUCGGUGCCGAAAACCUCAACCAAAUUAAAAAGAUGGCCGAUGCUUUCAGCGCUGCUAAAAAUGCCAACACUGAUGAUAUCCCAGAUUUAGUCAGUUUCGAUUCCAAACAAUAA